AAACAGGAGCCUCAACUACAAGGAAACCUACUGAUUCCUGAAGUGGACAAAACCUUUAUAUUUGAAAGAUGUCGGGUGGUAGACAAUCUCUGAUGAAUGUUCAAAACGAUAAGCAUCCGAUAAUAUCUCCAGCUGACGAAAGUGAUUUUGAAAAUUCCGGCCGAUAUCGUGGUACCGGAAACGUGUACCCGCCAUUGUCUCCAAAAGAAACCGGACCAGUUCAUAUCGUUACGCUUCUACGUGUACCGAAUGAACCUCAAACUGGGAUAACGGGGAAACUGGGGAUUUCACGAGGGGCGUUAACCGUCUUCAUCGCCGUAAUUAACAUUCUCGCCAACGUCCUCAUGAACGUCUCACUUCCGGUGUUUGCCGGGACGAUGGACCACGUUGGCGGAGACACCUUUGUUGUGUUGUUGGUAUCGUUGUGGUUUCCUCUCAUCUUCGCCGUUAUGACUUUAGUCAUGAAAUAUCUAACUGUAAUCAACCUCAGACGAGGUAUCUCAUAUAUUAUAUGGUCUCUGUUCAAACCGACUGCAAGCUGGAAGAUUUUGUUAACGGUAGGGUUUGCUACUACCAUGAACGGAGUUCUUAUUGUGUUUGCAAGUCCCCCAAAUCGCACGCCGCCAUAUUUGCAAGGUAUCCUAGCAGCAACCAUCAUACCCUAUACAGUUGUAGGCCGAUUUUUCAUCCUCAGAAAAGGUAUCAGUCUUCGACGCCUGGUUUGUACGGGGGUGGUUCUCAUCGGCCUCUUCAUCACGGUGGAACCCCAAAUUUGGGGGCUGGAAGGGAGUGGGGAUACAGGAUCCGGAAGCACAGGAAGCAUACUCUGGCCAUUUAUAUUUGCACUGGGGUUCUUGCCAGCAGGUUUAAGCAGCGUUUUCGUGGAGAAGGCGCUCCAUGGAACUGAGUCAGAGUCACUGAACUUCAUCAUGUGGACCCAAGUCUAUCAACUGUUAACCCUGCUGCCGUUAUUCUGGGUGGAUUUUAUUCCACAUUUUGGUAUGGCUGAUUCAAUCCAGGACUUUAGUGGUAUCCUUGGAACUGGAUUCCGCUGCUGCUUCAGCUCGGACCCUAGUUGUAAUGGCUUAUGGUGGAAACUCUGGUUGUUUCAGAUUGGAUAUUCCUUCGGGAAUCUGUUCCAAUUUCUAUUAAUAGAAUACGCAGAGGGCGCUGUAUAUGCGGUUGUCGUCCAAUCAAUGGUGACGCCCUUGGCAACGUUGUUCUGGACCCUGUUCAAGUUUGACGUUCCAAACAACCACUUCUAUUGGUCCCCGGAGUUCAACAUCACCACAGGCUUCACCUUAGGCGGCCUUCUCAUCAUCGUGCCAACUGUAAUUAUGUACAACUACUUCAGCAAACAGGACGCCAAGGAGAAGGAAUUGAAAGAGGCAGCAACUGUCCAUGACAUCAUUGAUAAUCACAUGUAAAUCAAAGAAAGAUAACAGAACUCAACAGAACAAAAUCUUUUUCAGAGACUUGGUUCCUGGUUAUCUACAGUAUAAAAAUGAUAAGUAUAUAAUGUGUACAGAGUAUGAGUCAGGACAUGGAUAUUUACGAUACAUAAAGUUUUUGAUAAAUUUUGCUAUAAACAAUAGAUUAUUUUUAUAAGUAGACUGCAACAGCUUCAUAAAUUUAUGUUUUGAUGGACACUCCAAAAAAUUAACGACUUAUAUAUUUGAGUCUAUAAACAUCGUAAAUUCAUUUUCAAAUGCACUGAAAUUAAAUUCAGUACGCCAUCUCUUUAAUAAUUACAAGUAAAAUGAGUCUCAUUAAUAUUUAAUUUGAGUGCGAUCUGUUUGCGAAACACAUGGAAAAUGUUUUUGGUAAGUUUUGAAUAGAAUUCAGAACACAACAAUUUUGAACAUGAACAACGGGAGUUCUAUGGAUAUACAACCUCUUAAUGACGGUGUAAGU